AUGGCUCAAAUUCGUCACUACUCCACUGUAAAUCACUGUCUUGUUGCUCGCAGCAAAGAGAACACAAUGUGGCCGGAGGAUAGAAGGCGGAUGACGAACAAAUCACUCGUGGCUUUACAACAUUGCCACCCGGUGGAUUUAACCUGGAAAAAUGUAGAUCCAGGCCCGAUUACAGGGUUAAUGCUCGCAGGAACUCGAAGUAGGCGGGCGGAAGAUGGAAUUCCUUACUGGAAAAUAGAGACGCGGACAGAUGUUCGCCUGGUUACUUUUGAUGUUGUUGAAGAAGCGUUCCAAAUCACUACCUCUCCAGAAGGCAAAUGCUGGAAUUAUCUGCCCAAUUCGGGGCCUGUUGCUGUUAUGUCUGGAUUCCCUGGAUUGAGACAGAGCUUGGAUCAGGGCUCGAUUUUGCAGUGUCAAAACUGUAGAAAUCCAUGA